ACUCAACAUUGUUACUCCUACUACAACAGUUUCACUAGGUUGUCUUCCAGUGACACCAUGGCUAGACGCCAUUAACGAUUUCUUUACCCCUAUUCAGUGUUACAAUGAAGGAGAUGUAUUAUUACUGAAUAACCAACACUUCACUGAAAUGGAAAGUACAAGAAUUGAUAUGCUUGCAGUGGAGGAGGAGGGCGUUUGCGAUGUUAAUGUAGGAAAUGGCCAGUGCCAGCAAGGUAAUGAGCAACAUUCGGAAGGGAGCGAAAAACUUGAACAACCUAAGGUAGGUAUGGUAUUUAGCUCCCAAGAUGAUGUUUAUCGUUAUUAUGCAAAUUAUGGUAUUCAACAAGGCUUUCGUGUACAUAGAAGAUCAACACGAUGUGAUGAUUAUGGGAUUUUAAGAUAUUUCACAUAUGCAUGUUCUCGAGAAAAAAAGAGAGUGAGCACAUCAAAGAAUAGAUACUCGAACCUCACUUCAGGAACUAAUUGCCAGGCUAAGAUAAGAACUAUAAUGCAGUGUGAUGGUAGUUUUAUAUUGAGCGUUGUUGCGCUUGAUCAUAACCAUCCGCUGACGCCAGGCGAGACACACUGUUUUAAAUAUAAGAAGUUGGAUCAAGAUGCAAAAACAAGAGUACGUCAACAGUCGCGGACAGGUGACAUUGUUCAAAGUGGGGUAUGUGAAAAGCUAAUGGUUGGGGAUAAAAGGUCUCGAACUAACUAUGGUCAGGUGAAAACAUCAAUACUUGAGGAAGGUGAUGCUGCAGUUUUACAGAAUUUUUUUGUUAAAAUGCAAACUAGAAACUCAAAUUUCUUUUAUGUGAUGGACAUGGAUGAAGACUGUACUGUAAGAAACAUUUUCUGGGCUGAUGCAAGGAGUAGGGCAGCUUAUGAAGACUUUGGAGAUGUUGUUACACUUGACACUUCAUAUCUCAGAAAUAAAUUUGCUCUGCCUUUGGUUCCCUUUGUCGGCGUGAAUCAUCAUGGGCAACCUGUUUUAUUAGGUUAUGCUUUGCUGUCAAAUGAGGAUGUCGGGACAUUCUUGUGGUUAUUUAAAUCUUGGUUGGCAUGUAUGAUGGGAAUUCCUCCAAAAGCCAUUAUCACUGAUCAAUCCCAAGCUGUACAAAAGGCUGUUCAAACUGUCUUUCCUAAUGUCCAAUAUCGAUGGUGCUUAUGGCAAGUGAUGAAAAAGACUCGAGAGAAGCUGAAAGGAUGUUCUCAGUACAAAGCUAUUAAAAUAUCUUUGCAGAAUUCUGUUUGUGAGUCUACCAGCAAAGAUGAGUUUGAAGAUGAAUGGAGAAAAGUGAUUGAGAAAUAUGGUCUUCAUGACAACGAGUGGUUAAAAGAACUGUAUGUAGAGCGGCAUCGCUGGGUUCCAAUUUAUACAAAAGAAACUUUUUGGGCAGGAAUGUCAACUGCACGACGUAGUGAGAGCAGUUGUGCACUAUUCAAUGGGCAUGUGAACUCCAAAACGACUUUGAAGCAGUUUCUGGAGGAGUAUGAUAACAUUAUAAGAAGUAAGGUCGAAAAGGAAAGCCGGGCAGAUUAUGAAUCUCUGUAUUCAAGGUAUGACUGCAUAACUCAUUAUGAGAUUGAGAAACAGUUUCAAGAAGUUUACACCAAUACAAAAUUUAAAGAAAUUCAGGAAGAGAUAAUGGGAAAGCUGUAUUGUUAUACCUCUCUUGUCAAGGAGGAAGACUCUAUUUUUGUAAUUCAAGUCACCGAGCAUGUUAAAGUUGGAGACAAUAAGAAGGAUGCUAAGUUUAUUGUUAACUUCAAUGCAGUAGACUGCGAGCUGAAUUGCACAUGUCAUUUGUUCAAGUUUAGCGGGAUUAUAUGCAGGCACACACUUUCUGUGCUGACCCAAAGUGAAGUGCAACAAGUGCCAUCUAAGUAUAUUCUCUCUAGAUGGAGGAAGGACAUUAAACGGAAGUGCACUUUUGUUAAAGCCAAUUACAAAGAUUUGGAUGUCAACCCAAGUGCGCAGCGAUAUGAUGAGAUGUGCAAGUGUUUCCACGAAAUCGCAACGACGUCAGCAGACUGCAAAGACCAGAGUAUCACUGUGAUGAAUGCUUUACAUGAAUUAAAAGCAAAAAUUGGUAUGCCGGUUUAGUCAAAGCAAUGUAGUCGCACCUGUUGUUUCACCAAAUGGUGUAAAUGCCAACAACCAAAGAAGGCAAGAAAUAAGAAUCUGCCUAGCUCCAUGACAUUAAACGGAAGUGCUCUUUUGUUAAAGCCAAUUACAAAGAUUUGAAUGUCAAUCCAAUACGAUGAGAUGUGCAAGUAUUUCCAUGAAGUCUCAAUCAUGUCAGCAGAUUGCAAAGACCAGAGUAUUAGCGUGAUGAAUGCUAUAGAUGAACUAAAAGCAAAAAUCAGUAAACGCAAGGUAAUUGCACCUGUUGCUUCGAUAAAUGGUGUAAAUGCCAACCACGCAAAGAAGGCAAGAAAUAGGAAUCUGCCCAGCUCCGUGUAAUUGACAAAAUUCAAGUAAUGUUUUUAUUUUGUUUUUUAUCCACGAAUUUGGUUCUCAUUUUUACCUGUCAUCAAAAUAUUGCACUGCCCAUUAUCCGGACACCAGGAUAAAAAAAAUAAAAAAUGGUAUAAAUCAUUGUUUAUUUACUAAGAUGUCCACAUGGCUAAGAUUAGGGUUUCUUGUAUCUAUAUAAAUAGAGGCCUAAUCUCUUGUAUUGUACACACAAUAAUAGAAUUUUUCCCUUCUUCUGCCUCUCUACUUUGUGUCUCUUUCUCCUCUUUCUCUAUAUUACAAUACGUUAUCACGGACGAAGCUCUAAUCUCCGAGCGUCUCAUGAUAAAAGCCGUCGAUUAUAAGCAACCUCGAGUGAUUGAAACCAUAACAAAAAUAUAUAGUUGAUGGAUAUGCAAAGUCGUCUGCAUAAGGAGGACGAAAAAAGGAUUAUUUUUUUUCCACACAAUCUAUCUUCUUUAUUUUUAUUUAAUGCUAUUUGUAUGCUGCAGCACUUUCAAAGUUCUAACUAUUCUUGUUGUAUUGUAGGCAGGAUAUGAACCGAUGGGGGUUGAUGUAACCUUAAGAGAUCGGCUAUGCACAUGGUCAUAUAAGUCUCCUAACUCAUGUCGGUUAUUUAAUAUGGGCCGACUAAGGAUGAUUUUUGCACAUUGGAUUUAGGAGCAGACAACAGGUUACAAUGUUUUAAUAAGAUCUUCUAUUCGAUUUUCUUUAUAUUGUUUUCUUUAACUUGAAGUUUGUAAUACGUAUCAUGGCGGUUUUUCAUUGGAAACUAUCAAUUUAAUUUACCACGAUCUCAAUAAACGUGGUCAAAUAUCAAGGUGAAUGGAUUUUGUUCACCUAUCUUGCACCUCCAAGGUUAUUAUUAUAACCAUUUUUUUUUGUUUGGAGGAAUUGAUAUCCAUAAUUGAAAAUAGACGCAGUCAUGGAAUCCGGGUGAUCAAGUUUUAACAAAUACAUUUGAUUUCCUUUCUUCUCUAUUUAUUUUUAUAGAAAAGAAAAAAGUAAAAUCCAUCAAAAGGUGGUCUAACGUUUCGAUACCUUCCAUGAAACUGUAAUCACCAAAACUUGGUAUUACCGUAAUUUAAUUAUUUUUACGAUAGCCAAUCACGUGCAUGGUUGAAAAACCUCCGGCCCAUUAAUACUGGUAUCUUUGUCCAUUGGACAAUGAUCAUGUGAUUUUCUUUUGGCUUUAUUCUUUUACAGAAAUCAUUUUUUACCGCACAAAGGAUUUUCCAUAACAAGCAGGAUUUUUUUUUCCCGCCGUUUAUACGAUUUUGGUAUAUCGUUUUACCAAUCGGUAUUAGUCUUCUCCAUAAAUUCUCUAUAAUGAGAUGUAAAAUUGGCUUUCUAAGUAUUUUUAGCCAAUUUUGGUUUUUGAUUUCUAUUCCUCCAGAGAAAUUUUCAUCAACCAAAAAAUAUUUUUUUCUACAUAGAAAAGCGACUACAAUUUCUUUAUUUUCUCCAAAAGAAACAUAUCAACCAAUUGGAAUUAGGAUAUAAUUGGACGGUCAAGAUCAAUGGGUGUGCACCCGGUUUGUUAGCCUAUCUUAUUAGUCUUUGUAAUGACUAUAUUGAUCUUAAAAUUAAUUUAUUUUGAUGAAAUAAAGUGUCCAUAAUUUCAUUCUUAGGUGAAUGGAUAUCUCGUCGGCUUUAUAGGUCAUUCUAGAUUUGGUUGCAUAUUUUUAUAUAUUUUUUCCUAUAACCAUUAAAAUCCAUGCUUUAUAUUAAAUUUGUAUGUCAGUAGUAGACUACAAUUUUUAAGGACAAUUUUAUUAUGGCUUUUAAAGUCAUUAUCUAUAGUCUAACUGGUAUUAUUGACAUCCAGAAAUUAUUAUGAGUAUAUGUCCUUGAGUGAAUCGGAUAAUAUUUUAUGAUUGUUUUCGUAUAUGAGACGAAAAUAUUUCCGCCAAAAUCAGGGGGAGACUAUACACCACUAGACGUUGGUGUUCAUUAACUUCAAAGUUAUAUCAAUUUUCUCCCAUCACGAUAAAAUCAAUUAAGGCUGUCAUUAUAUGAUUGGCGUGAAAUUUAGCAUUUUGCUUUUAUAAAAGUUUUUGCCUGUUAAGAGGAAAUCCAGUCACAUCUAGAAGAUAAGUAGCGUUCUAUAAGAGGCUAUAGGUAGUGCUUCAAUUGAGUAUACCAAAUUAUGAUUCAUGUUCUCGAGUUUAAUAUCUUCUCACUUGAUAAUGAUGAGAUUAUAAUGCCCGCGAGCACUGGUACCAGUUGAUUGAAUUUUUUUUUUAAGAUAUGCAUACACUGAAAAAAAUUGUGGUCGAAUAUUCAUUAACCCCUUUGUAGAGGAAUAUCGACAUAUGUGAUUGGUUGGCAUACAAUCCAAAUUAAAUUGGAUUAAUUUCUCAAUUAACGCAAUUUUGGAUCCAAGACUUAACACCAUAAAAUUGCCAAGACGGUGUAGUCAUAAUGUGUUGUACGAGAAAUGUGUUUGUUGUAAAAACGAUUUGAGGGUUCUAUUUUUGCUCACACCCUAGGAUUGUGUCAAUGAAUUUUUGUUCUCCAUGUAUGAUGCCUUUGGCGUGGUAGUCCUGGAAGGACUCUUAUGUGGUUGGGAACAUAUUCAAACUUUUAAUCCUUAUAGGAUUAAAAUUAUAUUCAAACAGCCGCCUGACUCGAUCAUGUAAGGAUUAACAAUCCUUUUAUGUGUUUUUAGAAAUUUGGUACAAAAGUAAAGAUCCGGAUUAAUUAGUUGAUGAUAUCAACUUUACAUGUCUCUUGAGGAGUCCUUAAAACACAAAUAAAUCCACGCUUUAGCAGCAUAGAUUCUAUUUUCUUUCUUUCUUUCUUAAAUCUGCGGUUAGAAUUAUGCUAGCUUAAACUCGUCUUUAAGAUAGAUUAGAGUUAUUCUUUUGAUUCUUAUUUUUUUUAAACUCAUAUAGUUGAGUUAGCAUCGAUAAAUACGUCAAAAGUUGUACUCUUUUCCCUUCGUUUCAGGUUUUGUCCCAUGUGGUUUUCCUGACAAGGUUUUAAUGAGGCAACAUCUCUGACGUUUCAAUUUCUUUUAAUGUUGAUAUUUGUGCUCUUUUUCCUUCGUCCAUAUUUUUUUCCCCAUUGGAUUUUAUUGACAAGGUUUUAGUGAGGCAAUUUAAUUCAAUAUGAUGGUCAUCUAAGGGGGAGUUGUAUCAAUUUUGGUUGUUUAGUGGAUGCCCACAUUUGAUUAAACAAAUCAACUUAAUCAUCUCCUAAGAAUUUGGAUUUCCUUCUCACAAAUACAGUUUUGUUCAUGUAUGGUAAUUUAUCUACAUGUUGGCACUUUGUUGAAGAAACUACAUCAACAACUUCUGCGAAUCAUCUCCGAGAAUCUACCAACCCAUGACACAAGCCGUCAAGGUACUUAAAGAAGCAUGUAGACUAGAGAAAACUACUAUUAGAAGACUAACACAAAAAAAGACUUUAUCAAGUAGUAAUUUUCUUCACGAAAGAACAAGAAUCUUCUGCAUUCAAGAAAUCCGUUCAUCAAAUAGGGAAGUCACUACUCAAAGAUUUGGAAGUCAAGAUUUAACUGAAGUACUCAUCAGGGGGAGCGCCAUCAUCAAAGGUGCAUUUACUGGGCUUAGCAUGUUGUACUCUUUUUCCUUCGUCAAGGUUUUGUCCCACUGGGUUUUCCUUGUCAAGGUUUUAACGAGGCAACAUUUGCGUCCCACAUUGUUUUGGGUCUUUACAUGCUUAUACAAUUUCAGGUUUUUCUCUUUUGAGUUUUCCUGAUAUGUUUGUAUUGAUUUAGCCACUGUGGUCAUCAGAGGGAGUGUUAUAAACCAUUGUUUAUUUACUAAGAUGCCCCCAUAGCUAAGAUUAGGGUUUCUUGUAUCUAUAUAAAUAGAGGCCUAAUCUCUUGUAUUCUACACAGAAUAAUAAAAAUUUUUCCCUUCUUCUA